AUAAAACCUUAAACAAUAAGCACUAACUGUUGUUCUGCUCCUAUCAUAAUGAAGCUACUGUUCACUAUUUCGUUGUUUUGCGUUAUUCUAAAUGUGCACAGUCUUCCGGUAGACGUGAAACAAACGGAUAGCAGUUUCGAAAUUUCAGUUAUACAUUUAAAUGACUUCCAUGCAAGGUUUGAAGAAAUAACUGAAUAUUCUACCACUUGCAAAAACACUGAUGCCAAAUGUAUAGGGGGAAUAGCUCGGGUGUUUACGGCUGUAACUGAAUUGCUGAGAAAUAGACCUAACUCAAUUUUUAUAAAUGCUGGUGACAAUUUUCAAGGGACGUUGUGGUACAACAUUUUCAAGUGGAAUGUGACACAAGAAUUUUUGAACAAAUUUCCUACAGAUGUAUAUACUCUUGGCAACCAUGAAUUCGACAAUGCCAUUGAGGGUGUGGCACCAUUUAUCAAAAGCCUGAAAGCGCCGGUAGUUGUAGCAAAUAUUGAUGCUACCGACGAACCAGACAUUCUAGGAUCAUUUAACAAAAGUGUUAUAAUCGAAAGGAAUGGAAUAAGAAUUGGAAUUAUAGGAGUUUUGAUAUCCACUACUCCAAAAAUGGCCGAAACAGAGAACCUAGUUUUUCUGCCAGAAUCUGCGUCCGUAAAUGAAGAGGCCGAUCGCCUAGUGGCCGAAGAAAACAUUGACACAAUUAUAGUUGUGUCUCAUUGUGGAUACGAUUUGGACAAACAAAUUGCUGCGAAUGCAUCCAGGAAAAUAGGGCUCAUUGUUGGUGCGCAUUCCCAUACGUUCCUCUUCACAGGCGAUAAUCCACCGGGUCCGGAUACUCCAGCUGGUGAUUAUCCCACGGUAAUAGAACAUCAAGACGGAAGAAGAAUCCUCAUCGUCCAGGCGUCAGCCUUCACCAAGUACCUCGGUAACAUCACAGUAUACUACAAUUCCAAUGGCGAUGUAGUCGAUUGGUCUGGUGCUCCGAUCUAUUUGGACAAUUACACGAAAGAAGCUACCAUUGAGACAGAACUUCAACCAUGGAAGGAAGUUGUUGACAGUUAUGGGUCUGCAAUUGUCGGUGCAACAGAAAUAGAUUUACCGCAGAGAACUUGCUAUGUUGCUGAGUGUCUAAUGGCAAAUGUCAUAGCAGAUUCAAUGGCACACAGCUAUCAGGGAAGCAACGAUUUACAAUAUCCGCCGAUCGCGAUAAUAAAUGCAGGAGGAGUUCGAGCUGGAUUAACAGCUGGAAAUAUAACCUAUGCUGAUGCUGUGUAAGUUAUUCCAUUUGAAAAUACAAUUCAAUUCGGAAUUUUACAAGGAAAAUAUUUACUUCAGGGCU